AUGGCGCUCCCUUGCCCCGCGAUGAGGACCAACAUCGUUGAUUCCACCAUCUCCGUCGGUUCUUACGGGUGGUCCGACGAAUUUCAAGGCCAAAAAAACAACGACGUCCUCAUGAAGCGGCUCACCAACACAAUAGCAAGAAUGGGAAAGACAUCAUCGGCUACAAGCAACAGCCACCACCAGCAAAAGAACAGCAACAACAAGAAGGAGAAGGAGUACUCUGCUCCUCAGCCGAAGAAGAGGAAGAACGGGAAAGAAAUCACCACAGAAUCAAGAUCAUGCAACCUGCCUGAAUUUUGGGAGGAGAAUGUUAGAGAAUGA